AUGGCCAACAUUGAUCCACGCUUGUUCUAUGAAAAGGCUCUUGUUGACAAUGGUAUCACCCAUGCGUUUGGAGUCCCAGAUUCUUGUCUCAAAGGUCUCCUGAGCUUUUUAUACGCAACGAAAGAUGUACCGGAACAUAUCGUCACGGCAAGUGAAGGUGCUGCUGUCAGUCUCGCUAUGGGUUACUACCUGUCAACCCAAAAGCUUGCGGUCGCAUAUAUGCAGAAUUCAGGCCUCGCCAACUCCCUUAAUCCCUUGCAAUCAAUGGCCGCUAAAGAAGUAUUUGGUAUCCCAAUGUUGCUGGUGAUAGGUUGGCGAGGCAGACCUGGCGAGCACGACGAGCCAGAACAUGCCUUGGCUGGGCCAUGUACGCCGGACAUUCUGACGUCCAAUGGCUUCCCUUACGAAGUGAUGCCUGAUUCACUUCCAGAAGUCAUUUCAAUGAUCGGACGUCUCGUCAAAAUCGCCAAAGAAGGCUGUACCCCUGUUGCCCUUUUGGUGCCGAACCACAGGUUUGCCCCAUUCCGACAGGACGAGACGGCCCAAAAUGGGAAAACUAGCGAGAUUAUGAACGGAGCCAGCACGAAGAUUUAUAAGCGCCUUUCCCGGAUGGAAGACUGGCGAUCUGCUGAAGGGGAACUUCCCUUGUCCCGCGAAAAUACCAUUCGUUAUGUGCUCAAACAGUUCUACCCAACUGAUGUCACCGUGUCAUCUGUUGGUGGUAACAGUCGUGAGAUAUACAUGAUCCAAAAGGAGACUGGCGAGGAUCUAUCCCGUAACUUCUUGUCUAUCGGCGCCAUGGGCCAUACAUACCCACUUGCGUAUGGGGUCCAGAUUGGUCAUUCCUCGGGAAGGGUGAUUUGCAUCGAAGGUGACGGUUCGUUCUUGAUGCACAUUGGCAAUGUUGCUGUUCUUGCUGGCCAUACUCCCUCGAACCUAGUCCAUGUUGUGAUUCACAAUCGUAUACAUUGCUCCACUGGAUACCAGCCUAUUCCCAUCAACACUGAGAAUUUUCUGUCAUUGGCCGGGAGCUUGCCUUAUAAGCAAAGAUUCUUCGUGGAUAGUGCGGAGGGUUUGAUUCAAGCAUUUGAGUGGGCUAAGGAGAGCACGCUUGUCGUUGUCGUCGUCAACCAGUCGGUUAGGAAGGAGUUGCCUCGUCGUUCGGAGCAUUGCCAUGAUUUGAGAGACUCGUUUAUCUCUAGCUUUGUUUGA